GCUUGGUCGACCGCCCAUUCGCGCGAGCUCAAUUUGUGUUUUUCACUUUGGCCAAGAGUCGCCCCUUUGGCGCAAGGGACAAUGGACAGUCCCAUUCGAAGACUCAGCCACCUCACACCUCUAUUCAUCAUGUCCAAGUCGAAGAAGGGCGCCGAGACCGCCGAGGUCCGCAAGAUCCGCAUCACUCUCUCCUCGCGUGACGUCAAGGCUGUCGAGAACGUCUCGUCGGAGCUCAUCCGCAACGCCAAGGCUGAGCAGCUCAAGGUCCGCGGCCCGCGCCGUAUGCCGACCAAGGUCCUCCGCAUCACCACCCGCAAGUCGCCGUGCGGUAACGGUACCAACACCUGGGACAAGUUCGAGAUGCGGAUCCACAAGCGUGUCAUCGACCUGCACUCGCCGUCGGACAUUGUCCGCCAGAUCACCUCCAUCUCCAUCGAGCCCGGAGUCGAGGUUGAGGUCUCGCUCAUCUGAGCCAGCUAAACACAAAGAACCCGUC